AUGCAAUUAUCGCUGCAAACGAAUCACGAUGGGAAAGGUCUCGGGAUUCAAACCCCAACUCCCAUAUCAGCAUCAAGGUCAACGCUCACGCCGCCCGUGACUCCGAUCGGGAAAGACAGCGACGUCGAACACUUAAUCCCGGUUGGCGCCACCCCCGCUGAAACAGCUUCGGAGUUGAAACGCAGUAUCUCGUCUCCGCUGCGCUUUACCGAUGACCUGAAAGUGGAUUACGAUUCGGAGGAACGUCCCAUCGAAUUCGGUCGCGGCGCUUGGAGUAUUGUCUACAAGGCCCGCUCAAUACCAAGUGUAUCAACUAUCCAUACUCCACCCAGCUCACCUAUCGCCACAAGCCGUGUCUACGCUGUUAAGGCUCCUCUGCGCCGCGAUGCGCGUCCAGUCCUACAGUCCGAAGCGCUGACAUUGACGCGCCUGAAUCUGACAUCGGGGUAUGAGCGGUACAUCGUCCCGUUCCACGGAUACCACUCCGAUACCGAGGCACUGGUCAUGACAGCCGUUCCACUGGCAUUAUCAACAUACAUCGAAGACCAAGCCGAUCUGCUUCGAAAGCAAGGUCCAUCAACAGCGACGAUGUUCGAUCCUGUCCAAGGACCUGAUUCUUGGCGUGAUCUCGCCCGUAAGCUUAUCAGCGGGUUGGAAUGGUUACACAAAACCGCCGGCAUAAUCCACGGUGAUAUCAAGCCGCAUAAUCUGCUCUUGAGACCCAUCCCGGAUGACAGCUCGGAUGCAAGCACUUUGCCAUACGAGCCGCUAUUCGCCGACUUCUCUUCUGCGCUGGAUCUUACGCCCGAUAUCCCAGGCCAGGAUGCCAGUCAUACGUCCAUGUCGGCGUUUACGCCACCGUUCACCGCGCCGGAACUGCUGUCGCUUAAGGCGCUGAAGUCGGGGGAGGCUGUGCCUUCGCCGGCUUCGGAUGUUUUCUCCCUUGCUGCGACGCUGGUUGCGGCUGCUACCGGGGAUUUGUUGUUGUACCCCGGUUCAAGUAAUAUGCAGCGGUUGGCGAUGGCGAGGGAUGGACAUCGGAUUUUGGAGUUCACGAGGUGUGGUACGAAUGGUUCGCGGGUUCCGCGGGCCGGGUUCGUGGAGAAGUUACUUUCGCCUGCUGUUGCCAAGGACCCGGUGGAGCGGAUCGACACUUCGGACUGGGUGGUUAUGGCAUUUGCUUGA